AUGAAUGUUAAGAUAAAUAUGUUUAAUGGCAGAUUGACUUUAAAUUAAGAAGAAGAGAAGAGAAGAAAUGUCGAUAUAUUAAAUAAAAAAAUUAGGAAAGAAUUAAGAAGACUCAAAGAGCAUCAUAGGAAAGAGUUAGAAGUGAAACAAGAACUUGAACACGCUCUCAGAAUACAAGAUAUGGAAUUGAAGAGUGUAACAAGUAAUUUGAAUCAGGUUUCUCACCCUCGUGAAAAUGGCGAUGAUCUCUUUCAUGAAAAUUGCAUGUUGAAAAAGGAAAUUGCAAUGCUAGAACUGGAAAUAGACACACUAACACAUCAACACCAGGAGAAGGAAAAUAAAUACUUUGAGGACAUUAAGAUUUUACAAGAAAAGAAUGCUGACCUUCAAAUGACCCUAAAACUGAAAGAGAAAACAUUAACAAAAAGGGCAUCUCAGUAUAGUGGGCAGCUUAAAGUUCUGACAGCAGAGAACACAAUGCUGACUUCUAAAUUGAAGGAAAAACAAGACAAAGAAAUACUGGAGACAGAAAUUGAAUCAUACCAUCCUAGACUGGCUUCUGCUUUGCAAGACUAUGAUCAAAGUGUGACAUCAAGAAAAAAACAAGAACUUGCUUUCCACAGUGCAGGAGAUACUCAUUUGCAAGGAAAAAUGAAUGUUGAUGUGCGUAAUACAAUAUGUAACAAUGAGAUGCUCCAUCAACCACUUUGUGAAGCUCAAAGGAAAUCCAAAAGCCUAAAAUUUAAUCUCAAUUAUGCAGGAGAUGCUCUAAGAGAAAAUACAUUGGUUUCAGAACAUGCACAAAGAGACUGUCGUGAAACACAGUGUCAAAUGAAGAAAGUUGAACACAUGUAUCAAAACAAACAAGAUAAUGUGGACAAACACACUGAACAGCAGCAGUCUCUGGAGCAGAAAUUAUUUCAACUACAAAGCAAAAAUCUGUGGCUUCGACAGCAAUUAGUUCAUGCACGUAAGAAAGCUAACCAAAGCAAGAUAACAAUUAAUAUUCAUUUUCUUGAGAUGAAAAUGCAACAUCAUCUCCUAAAAGAGAAAAAUGAGGGAUUUAAUUACGGUAACCAUUUAAAAGAAUGUACAGAUCAAUGUGAAAAAGAGAAAGCAGAAACAGAAGUAAGUAUCAAAAAAUGUAAAUACUUUUCAACCUUCCUGAAAGAAAAUGGCCUUGGCUAAAUGCUGAAUCUAGUUGCUGAAUCUAUAUAUA